AAAGUUGCUGCGCAGGAUAAGCUCAGCAAUGUUAUUGAUGAGCGGUUUAGGCAGGCCGGGCCGAAUGGGGCUACUUAUGUUAAUGAGGUGAGAUAUGGUUUUCCUGGGGCGGGUUGUUGUCCGGAAGAGAUUGCUAACGGGAAGACAGGCCGACCCGUUCCAGCCGGACUGGCAGGAUCAUUUCUGGAGCACCAACUAUGCGAGGUUAGCGGAGCUCAAGAAGAAGUGGGAUCCCGAGGGCAUAUCCUAUGCCAUCUCGACGCCAGGGACCGAGGAUUGGGUCCAGAUCGAGACUUUCGCCCGGCUGUGCAAGAAGCUGCGAGGAGUCGGCAGAGAUCUCUCAAACUGGCAUUUGUUCCCCCCAUCUAGAGUACAUAGUGCAGAGAUCGAUCGUUACCUGACUUUCAAGAACCUUUCUUCAUUUGCUGCUCCUGUUUGCUGAAUGACCAAAAAUAUAAGAAAAUAUGGGGAAGAAGGGGACAUUGAGGUAGAAGCUGGAUCCCGGCCAUACGAUAAUAUCAUGUACAAAACAGCAUCUUCGUGUAUGGGGUGAUUUUACCCCUUGAUCAAGCCCGUCGUAAUGCCUUGACUCCCGUACUAUUGCUGGCUAGAGUCGCCUUCUGCGUUUAUGCUUGGUUCGUUCCAGCUGUGCCACAGCAAUUGACCUCACCAUCCUCCAGCCCGAUUUAA